AAUAAUUUGUACAAUAAAGACGACGGAUUUAGCAAAAGGAAAAGCAGCAAACGAGUCCAUUUUCAUCCUUAUCUAUCUCUGUACUAUCUUCGACCUCACUCUCUACCCCCUGAAAUCUGCCCGUCCAUUUUACUUCUCUCUUUUCCAUAUUCAGAGACCUCAAUAAUUGUCUCAUUCUACUUUCUGUGAAUCAAUUUCAUUCAGAUCCCCUUAACGCAAUCAUGGCAAGCACUUUACUGCAGUCGACUAAUAACCUUAAUAUAGUUGCUGUUGAAAGGAAUAGACAGUUCAAGGGAUCUGGGAGCACAAAAAGAAUGGUUACAAUGCUGUGUAGUUCACAAACAAUGCCUCUAAGGAUCAGAAAUUUCUCAGGAUUGCGAGGAUCUAAUGCCUUAGAUAUGAUGCUGAGGCAAACUGGCCAGACACUCCAAUCGAAGGUAGCUGGUGUCACCUCUGUCGCACGACAAAGAAAAUGCAGAAUUGCACCACGAGCGAUGUUUGAGCGCUUUACAGAGAAGGCAAUAAAAGUUAUUAUGCUUGCCCAAGAGGAGGCAAGACGGCUUGGUCAUAAUUUUGUUGGAACUGAGCAGAUUCUGUUGGGGCUUAUUGGUGAGGGCACUGGCAUUGCUGCUAAGGUUCUCAAAUCCAUGGGAAUUAAUUUGAAAGAUGCCCGUGUGGAGGUGGAGAAAAUAAUUGGAAGGGGAAGUGGAUUUGUUGCUGUGGAGAUACCUUUUACUCCUCGUGCAAAGCGUGUUUUAGAACUCUCGCUAGAGGAAGCUCGCCAGCUAGGACAUAAUUACAUUGGAUCGGAGCACUUGCUGCUGGGAUUGCUUCGUGAGGGCGAAGGUGUGGCAGCUCGUGUUCUCGAGAAUUUAGGUGCUGACCCAAGUAAUAUUCGUACACAGGUUAUUAGAAUGGUGGGAGAGAGUGCAGAAGCUGUUGGUGCUGGUGUUGGAGGUGGAAGCUCAGGCAACAAGAUGCCUACACUGGAGGAGUAUGGCACUAAUUUAACUAAGCUAGCUGAGGAGGGUAAACUGGACCCUGUCGUUGGGAGGCAGCAGCAAAUUGAACGUGUCACUCAGAUUCUGGGGCGGCGUACAAAAAAUAACCCUUGCCUUAUUGGAGAACCGGGUGUUGGGAAGACAGCUAUUGCGGAGGGCCUUGCUCAGAGAAUUGCCAGUGGGGAUGUUCCCGAGACAAUUGAGGGGAAAAAGGUUAUAACCCUUGAUAUGGGUCUUCUUGUUGCUGGGACAAAGUAUCGUGGUGAAUUUGAGGAAAGGCUGAAGAAACUGAUGGAGGAAAUUAAACAGAGUGAUGAAAUUAUACUUUUUAUCGAUGAAGUGCACACAUUGAUUGGAGCAGGAGCAGCAGAGGGGGCGAUUGAUGCUGCAAACAUCUUGAAACCUGCUCUCGCUCGGGGUGAAUUACAGUGUAUUGGGGCUACUACACUGGACGAAUACAGAAAGCACAUUGAGAAGGAUCCAGCACUAGAAAGACGGUUCCAGCCUGUUAAGGUCCCAGAACCUACUGUGGAUGAAACCAUACAGAUUUUAAAAGGGCUACGCGAAAGAUAUGAAAUCCAUCACAAGCUUCGUUACACUGAUGAAGCUUUAGUUUCUGCAGCACAGCUGUCAUACCAGUAUAUCAGUGACCGCUUUCUGCCAGAUAAAGCCAUUGACUUGGUUGACGAAGCUGGUUCCCGGGUUCGACUUCGUCAUGCUCAGCUUCCCGGGGAAGCUAGGGAGGUAGAAAAAGAACUCAGGCAGAUCACUAAGGAGAAGAAUGAAGCGGUCAGAAGUCAAGAUUUUGAAAAGGCUGGGGAGUUACGAGACAGGGAAAUGGAUCUCAAGGCACAGAUAUCUGCUCUUAUAGACAAAAACAAAGAAAUGACCAAAGCUGAGAGUGAGGCAGGGGAUGGAGGUCCUGUUGUGACAGAAGUUGACAUUCAGCACAUUGUUUCUUCUUGGACGGGAAUACCUGUUGAGAAAGUGUCUACCGAUGAAUCUGAUCGCCUUCUCAAGAUGGAGGAGACACUCCACACAAGGGUCAUUGGCCAGGAUGAAGCUGUAAAAGCCAUCAGUCGUGCCAUUCGUCGUGCCCGUGUUGGUCUUAAAAACCCCAACCGGCCUAUUGCAAGCUUUAUCUUUUCCGGGCCAACGGGUGUUGGAAAGUCGGAACUGGCUAAAGCAUUAGCAGCCUACUACUUUGGUUCUGAAGAAGCCAUGAUCCGACUUGAUAUGAGUGAGUUCAUGGAGAGACACACUGUUUCGAAACUUAUUGGCUCACCUCCUGGUUACGUUGGUUACACUGAAGGUGGACAGCUAACUGAGGCUGUUCGACGCCGUCCUUAUACUGUCAUACUUUUUGAUGAAAUUGAAAAAGCUCAUCCAGACGUGUUCAAUAUGAUGCUUCAAAUUCUUGAAGAUGGAAGGUUAACCGACAGCAAAGGUAGAACAGUAGACUUCAAGAACACCCUUUUAAUCAUGACAUCAAAUGUUGGAAGUAGUGUAAUUGAGAAGGGAGGUCGUCGUAUUGGUUUUGAUCUAGACUAUGAUGAGAAGGAUAGCAGUUACAACCGUAUCAAGAGCCUGGUGACAGAGGAGCUGAAACAAUAUUUCAGACCAGAAUUUUUAAAUAGAUUGGAUGAGAUGAUUGUAUUCCGGCAGCUCACCAAGCUGGAGGUGAAGGAGAUUGCUGAUAUAAUGUUGAAGGAGGUAUUCGAGAGACUCAAAAGCAAAGAUAUUGAACUUCAGGUGACCGAGAGAUUUAGAGACAGGGUCGUUGAGGAAGGAUACAACCCAAGCUAUGGAGCAAGACCGCUUAGACGAGCUAUUAUGAGACUUUUGGAGGACAGCAUGGCAGAGAAGAUGCUUGCACGUGAAAUCAAAGAAGGUGAUUCGGUUAUUGUUGAUGUUGACUCUGAUGGAAACGUGAUUGUUCUCAAUGGCAGCAGUGGUGCUCCUCCCGAGCCAUCUCCUGAGCCUGUCACUGUCUAGAUUGAGGUCUCACUUGGCUUUAGCAUGUUCUUUGUUUGUACUGCUGCUUUUCAUUUGAAUUGGCCAAGAAAUUAUGAAGUGACUAAUUGGCAGUCGACUCUGAAUCCAGUCGAUAAAUUUAUGUUCAACCUCCAAGACAAAUCUGUAGACCAAGCCCCCAAGGCUCGAAUGACUACUUAAAUCUAUGCAUGUCUCAGGUCCCUAGAAAUUUAGUUACUGAUUUGAGAAAUUUAACGAUAAAGGAUGUGUCGAUUAUGGUAAAGGUACUUUGUACAUUCAUAUGGCUCUGAGUUAAUUUCACUUGUAUCAGUAAUCAUAAACCUUGCUUUCUUUUAUUGCCAAGCUCGAAACAAUAUGAAAUGUAUUACAAAUUUGGCUUCAAUGAUUUGCAACA